ACACGGCCGGGGGGAAAUAGAAGACGGACCUUGUCCACACGUGAGAGUUUGGGGAAAAUAGACUGUCUGUUCCACAAGUGAUUUGAAUUGUUUUUAAUUUAUAUGGAUUAUCAUCAAUUUUCUGAUUUUUUCCCCCUGAUGCUUAGAGAUGGGCAGACUGAAGAAGAAACAAAAUUGGAAAGGACGACAACAGCCGGUGACUCCGUCACAAAUAAAGAGCGAUGUGGUGGUGGAAAUCAGUGAUGACACAGCUCUGAAAGGAGUGGAUGAGAGCAAUGCACUUGUGCUCCCUGCCACCAGAACCAAGAAGACUAAAGAACCAGGACAGCUGUUAGCCAAGAAACGGCCCCUCACCAAGAAACAGAGGAAGAACCUUGAAAAAGUUCUGGAACUCAAAGAGAAGAAAGCAUCUCGGGCAGACAUCUUGACUAAGCUAGCGGAGGUGCAGCUACCAGAUUCCGAACUGAAGCUGCUCUAUACUACAUCUAAACUGGGAACAGGAGAUAAACUCUAUCAGGUCAAAGACAGCUUCACUGAUGAGACAUCCGUCUCAGGCUCUGCCCCUCCACAUAUCAGCAGUCUGAGCGGAGUGAACCGCAAGAGGAAGAGGAGACACGAGGAGGAUGAUGACGAAGAACAGCAGAAGGAGGAAUCCGAGUCCUCCUCAGAGGAGGAGUCUGAAGAAGAGGAGGCAGAAGAGAUAAAGAUGGAGGAGAAGGAAGGACAGGGCUUGGUGAAGGAGGUGAAGAGAGAAGAACUAAAGACAGAAGAAAAGAAAGAGGAGAAUAAGAAAGAAGUUACCCCCUCCUGCAGUAAAGAGCCAUGCCAACCAGCUGUGUUCAUCCCUGUGGACCGACUACCAGAGAUUCAGGCAGCCCGUCUGAAGCUGCCGGUGCUGGCUGAGGAGCAGGUGAUUAUGGAGGCCGUGAGGGAGAACCCCUGUAUUGUUCUGUGUGGGGAGACAGGCAGCGGCAAAACCACACAGGUCCCACAGUUCCUCUAUGAAGCCGGCUACGCUAGUGGCAGUGGGAUCAUCGGAGUGACCGAACCCAGGAGAGUGGCAGCAGUCAGCAUGUCUCAUCGUGUUGCCAAGGAGAUGAACGUGUCGACAGGGGUGGUGUCUUACCAGAUCAGAUAUGAGGGCAAUGUGACGAAGGACACAAAGAUCAAAUUCAUGACGGACGGAGUUCUGCUGAAAGAGAUACAGAAGGACUUUCUGUUGCAGAAGUACAGUGUGGUCAUCAUAGAUGAAGCUCACGAGCGGAGUGUUUACACAGACAUUCUCAUUGGACUCCUGUCCCGCAUCGUUCCGCUGCGUAACAAGAAAGGCCUUCCCAUGAAGCUGGUGAUCAUGUCGGCCACUCUGCGUGUGGAGGACUUCACUCAGAACCAGAGACUCUUCCCCAACCCUCCUCUCGUCAUCAAGGUAGAGGCACGUCAGUUCCCAGUCACCAUACACUUUAACAAGAGGACCGCCAUGGAGGAUUACACAGGAGAGGCCUUCCACAAGACCUGCAAGAUUCACCGCAUGCUCCCACCAGGUGGGAUUCUUGUGUUUCUGACCGGCCAGGCAGAGGUGCACACUCUGUGCAGGAGACUGAGGAAAGCCUUUCCCUACAGACCCAAUAGAGACCAACAAGAGGGAGAAGAGAAGGACUUGACGGUAGAACUGAAGAAGUCUAAGAAGAAUUCGAAGAGGACAGUGUCUCUUCCGCGGAUAGACCUGGAUAACUACUCCGUGUUGCCAGUGGAUGAGGGAGACGAGGAUCGGCAAGCCGGCAUCGAUGAGGAGGAGGAUGAUGACGAAGGCUUGGAUCUGGACUUGGGAGAGCACCCAGAGGAUGGUGAGGAGAAGGCUGACCCAUCCAUCCCCCUCUAUGUCCUCCCUCUCUACUCCCUACUGGACCCUGAACAGCAAGCUAAGGUGUUCUGUCCUCCCCCUGCCGGCACGAGGUUGUGUGUGGUGUCCACUAACGUGGCGGAGACCUCCGUAACCAUCCCUGGCGUGCGCUACGUGGUGGACUGCGGUCGGGUCAAGCAGCGCUUCUACGACCGCGUCACUGGAGUCUCCUCCUUCAAGGUCACGUGGAUCCCCCAGGCCUCAGCUGAUCAGAGGGCAGGACGAGCCGGAAGGACAGAGCCCGGCCACUGCUACAGGCUGUACUCCUCAGCAGUGUUCAGUGACUUCAGUUUGUUCUCGGAGGCUGAGAUCACUCGCAGACCUGUGGAUGACCUGGUGCUUCAGAUGAAGGACCUUAACAUUCAGAAGGUGGUGAAUUUCCCCUUCCCUACUCCACCCUCCUCUGAGGCUCUGCUGGCUGCUGAGGACCUGCUCAUCUCACUGGGAGCUCUGGAACCACCUCCACGUCAGGGACGGAUGCUUGAGCUCCAGCGGGCACGGCUCAGCUGUCCCAUCAGCCCCCUGGGCCGGGCGAUGGCGGCAUUCCCGGUGUCGCCGCGCUAUGCUAAGAUGCUGGCACUGGGGCAGCAGCAGGACUGCAUGGCCUACAUCAUCGCCCUGGUGGCCGCCAUGACUGUGCGUGAGCUCUUCCAGGACCUCGACAGGCCGGUGGCCAAGGAUGAGGACAGUGAAGGUAUGAAGCAGAGGAGGGCUCGCAUGACCCAGAUGAAGAGACUGUGGGCCGGACAGGGAGAGUCCCUGCUGCUGGGGGACCUCAUGGUCAUGCUGGGUGCGGUGGGUGCUUGUGAGUUUGCUGAUGGCACUCCUCAGUUUUGUGAAGCGAAUGGCCUUCGCUACAAAGCCAUGGUGGAAAUCCGAAGACUGAGAGGACAGCUAACUAACGCAGUAAAUGCUGUGAGCCCUGAGCUGGGAGUGUUUGUGGACAGCAAAAUGGCACCCCCUACUGCCGCCCAGGUGCAGUGCAUCAGACAGGUGGUGCUGGCAGGACUGGGAGACCACCUGGCCCGGCGUGUCCAAUCAGAAGAGAUGCUGGACCCCAAAUGGGUCAACGGAUACAAGACUCCUCUUCUGGAUGAGCCUGUGUUCAUCCACCCAAGCUCGAACCUCUCCAAGACCCUCCCUCAGUUUGUGGUCUACCAGGAGAUCAUGGAGACCACAAAAAUGUACAUGAGAGGAGUGUGUGCGGUGGAGAUGGACUGGGUCCCCAAGCUCCUCCCACAGUACUGCCACUUCAGUGCUCCAGAGGAAAGCCCCGCCCCCUGGUACUGCCCAGCCUCUGGCCGUGUCAGAUGCCAAUGCCGGAGCACUUUCUUCCGGGUGAACUGGAAGCUGCCUUCUGUUGAAAUGGACUACCCAGAGGGGCUUGAGCGGUACAAGCUAUUUGCCAAAUUCCUACUGGAAGGACAGGUGUGUUCAAAACUAAAGAAGCACCGCAGCUGCCUACUGUCUAGUCCCUCAACCAUGCUGAAGACCUGGGCCAAAUUACAGCCCCGCACAGAAGCCCUGCUGCAGCAGCUGGUGUCAGAGAAAGUUGACUGUCGAGACACACUGCUAUGUACAUGGAAGAAAAACCAGAAGUAUCUCCUGUCAGCAUUUUGUCAGUGGAUUCCAGAAUCCCUUCAUGAGGAUGUGGCAAAGUUCUGGCCUCCCCUCUGACACACACACACACACACACACACACAAUUGUCUGUACUGCCUUUGUUUAUCUGUAAGUGAAAAUCAUGAAGAGUGUUUUUCUUUAAAGUGUUUGUUGAAGGCAAUAAACACUCACUUUUUACCCAGCAA